CCGACGAUCGCGCGCCGCCCCCGCCGCGCCAGGCGCCCGCCCUUACUAGCAGGCACCUUCCGCCCCCUGCAUUGCUGAUGCUGCUGCUGCUGGCAGACAUGGACGUGGUGAAUCAGCUGGUGGCUGGGGGUCAGUUCCGGGUGGUCAAGGAGCCCCUUGGCUUCGUGAAGGUGCUGCAGUGGGUCUUUGCCAUCUUCGCCUUUGCCACAUGCGGCAGCUACGACGGGGAGCUUCGGCUGAGCGUGGAAUGUGCCAACAAGACCGAGAGUGACCUCAGCAUUGAGGUUGAAUUUGAGUACCCCUUCAGGCUGCACCAAGUGUACUUUGAUGCACCCAACUGCCGAGGGCGCACCACCAAGGUCUUCCUCGUUGGGGACUACUCCUCAUCAGCUGAAUUCUUUGUCACCGUGGCUGUGUUUGCCUUCCUCUACUCCAUGGGGGCUCUGGCCACCUACAUCUUCCUACAGAACAAGUACCGAGAAAACAACAAAGGGCCCAUGCUGGACUUUUUGGCCACUGCAGUAUUUGCCUUCAUGUGGCUAGUUAGCUCCUCUGCCUGGGCCAAGGGACUGUCCGAUGUGAAGAUGGCCACGGACCCAGAGAACAUUAUCAAGGAGAUGGCUGUCUGCCACCAGACAGGGAACACAUGCAAGGAACUGAGGGACCCUGUGACCUCAGGGCUCAACACAUCUGUGGUGUUCGGCUUCCUGAACCUCGUGCUCUGGGUCGGCAAUCUAUGGUUUGUAUUCAAGGAGACAGGCUGGGCCGCCCCAUUCCUGCGUGCACCUCCUGGCGCCCCCGAGAAGCAACCCGCACCCGGGGAUGGCUAUGGCGAUGCGAGCUACGGGCAGGGGCCCGGCGGGUAUGGGCCCCAGGACUCCUAUGGGCCCCAGGGCGGCUACCAGCCCGACUAUGGGCAGCCAGCCGGCAGCGGUGGCUACGGGCCCCAAGGCGACUAUGGGCAGCAAGGCUACGGCCCACAGGGUGCGCCCACCUCCUUCUCCAAUCAGAUGUAACCUGGUCAGUGCAGCCCCGAAGAACCCCCUGGGUGGGCAAGUGCUCAGAAGAAGGCCUGCCCCCCUUCCUGCCCCUGUACCCUAGGUCUCCACUCCUCAAGCCAGGAGACCCUGUCUUUGCUGUUAUAUAUAUAUAUAUAUAUAUAUAUAUAUAUAUAUAUAUUAUAUAUAUAAAUAUCUAUUUAUCUGUUUGAGCCCUUCCCUCACCCACCUCCCUCAUGCACUUGGGGCCCAGUCUUGAGUGGGCUCCUCCCUUACCCCCAUCUCUUCCUUUGCAUCCCUCAGCCCCUCUCUGUUCCUGGCCCUGUUUCUUGAGGUAAGGGGCUCUGGAAGGGGGACAGGGAGGGGACAAGCCUCAGCUGUGUGGGGGAGGGUGAGCGUGAUUUUGGACUCUCCCCUUUCUCCUCUCACCUCCUAAUUCUGGCCUUGGUUCCUCUAGUAAGGCCUGAACCAAGGCUGUAAUGGGAAAGUCAGCCCCUAGGGCAGGAGAAAUUCAAAGACCUGCACAGGGUCUGGAGUAGAGAAGGCAGCUUCACAUCCACAGCGCAGAGCUGUGGGGUGAAGGAGACUGGUUGGCAGGGACUGGGUUCCAGACUUGCUGGAUCUGGGGCCUAGAGGAAGAGUCCCUGAGGCACUGUGCCUUGGGACUUGGAAGGGGAAGCGUGGCUCUAGAAGGGGUUCUUUCAGUAAGGAGAACAGUGGGCUCCAGAGUGGGCAGGUCUUAGAUUGGAACUGUAGCUUGGAACAUUCAGGUGUGAGCUUGAGUAUAAAGGGGAUAGAUCUUGAGUGGGGCGAGAAGUAGUGCUUAGGAGAGGGGCAAGUUCAGUGUGAGGUCCUACUGAGAGUUCCAGAUGGGGCAGGACAUAGAGUGGGGCUCGUGGUGGUUUUGGAAGGAGCAGCCCCUCCACAAAAGGAGAAAUGAAGAAAAUGCUUUAAAGUGAGAGGGUUUGGGCAGUGGUGGGGGUGGGGUGUGACUAGAAACUGCAGCAUGAAUUUGGUUAAGGGGAGGGGGAAUGUGCCCACCAAGUCAAGGCUGGGGGACCUUGGUGGCCUGGAAAGAGUUGAGUGAUAAGGCUUGAAGAGUGAGGAGUGGGAUCCAGACAGAAAUACCCGCCCACCCUUGUCCUCACCCUUGGAUCACGGCAGCUAGGUUAUCAGAGGAAGGAGCCAAAGGGUCUGUAGGGCUGACCUACCCCUCUCUCCCCUGCCCCCUCCCUCUUUCCACACCUCCAACUAUCCAGGGGGCGUUGGAGGCCUGGUCUGGAGCCCCUAUCCUGCACCCUCUGCUGUGUCUGUGAUGUCUGGUAGUGCCUGUGAUCGUGUGUUGCCAUUUUGUCUGGCUGUGGCCCCCUUCUCCUCCCCUCCAGACCCCCCUUCCUGUACCCUUCGGUAUUGUUUGAAGACCCCCUCCCAAGGAAGAACAAACAUGAGUAAUUCUCCCCAAAUAAACUCAACCACCUAGUCUA